GACCACGUUGCCGUGGUUACGACGUCAAACUUGAGAGGCGGUGAGAAAGAAGUUAGCAUGAUAUUAUCCUACUUUGUACUUUCCCCACGUUUUGUAAAGUAAACUAUUUUGAGAAGAUAUUAAGUCACAUUUGGGAGUAUAUUAACUUAAAUAGCAGACACAGGAAGAAAAAUGUGACUGACACUUGAACCUCCUGAACAAUGAGUCUGAGUACCACAGCAAAACAUCCCAGCAUCGCUUCUACAGUGACCUCCCCAGAGAAAGAGGAAAAGGUUUAUGAUGUGCAGCAAGGCUUUGUCUUUGGAAAUAGUGUUGUGGAAUCACAGCCUCCUUACGUUCCGUCAUGUGAAGAUGUUGAGCCACAGGGGCCAACUGAAUGUUAUUCAACAGAGACAUUAUGUCUGAGCAGAUCUAAUCUCAAACAAGUUCCAGACAGUAUUUUGAAAAAUACCACACUAAAGCAUCUAAGUCUCGAAGGCAACCAGAUCUCCAGUAUCCCAGAUUCGAUGUUCAUCAGCUUGCCAAACCUGCAAUGGCUGGACCUCAGAAAAAACCAAAUUGUGUCGCUUCCUGCUGAAAUUGGCUCACACAGGUCUCUGAAAACACUCCUGCUCGAAGGGAAUCCUCUCUCAGAACUGCCACCAGAGCUAGGGAAUGUAAUUACCCUCAAAGGUCUGAAUCUGAGGGACUGCCCCAUCCGUUUUCCUCCACAAGACAUCGUACACCAGGGACUACAGUCCAUCCUUCAUUACCUGAGGAGUACUAUGGCUAAGCGACCAGUUAGCACAAAGACCCCUGGAGAGUUGCCAAUAGUGGAGAAGCUCCAGCUGUCAGAGCUACCGGGGUCCAGUAUGGAGGAGCAAGAUGAAGCUGUGGAGGAGGACGAGCUCCAGAAGUUCAUGGAACUCAAACAUAAGCUGACCCUGCUGGACAAAGCUGAGCUGGGUCCAAAGUCACAACCUCUUCCUACCACCAAAAAAAAAAGGACAACUACCAAGGCCGGCAUAAUUCCUGAGCUCGCCCUGUCUGACACUCAGCACUGGAAGAGGCCGGAAGAGAGGAGACAGGCUGCAAUAAAUGAGCUGAAAGAGAAUCAGGCGAUUCUCGAGCAUAGAAGAAAAAAUCAAGAGGCUCUUCAAAAGUGGCAUACACAAGCCAAAAUCGCACAGGAGAAGAAAAUAUCUGAGUAUAAACAGAAGGAGCGGGAAAGACAAAGAAAGCAAGAGGAAGCAGAUGCAAAUUCAAAGCCCGGUUUGGACAACAGGAGUGGCACAGACGUGACACAGUACAAAGAGGACAGAUCAGCCCAGGAGCUGGAGCGGCAAAUCCGUGCCCAGGUCGAGAAGAUACAGGAGAGACGAAGGAAUCCCAGGGGCACAUCGACGGAGCAGAUGGCAGCGGCAGAGGAGGAUGUAGAAGAGAUGAGGAAGCUGCAGAUGCAGCUUCUAGAGAGGAAGAGAAAUCAGGGAAAAGAUCACAAAAAAUCUUUCAUCAUCUACACUGGAGGAACCUGGCCGAGUUUUCUCGAUAAGUGACAAGGAUUACACACCUGCUGUUUGAGUUUUGUGGUAUUGGACUCAAAAUUAAUUCAAAGGAUUAAUCCCUCAUGAACGGCAUUUGUAAUGCUCAUAUCUUAAAAAUAAAUAUCUCACUUCUCCUCAUGAGCAACAAGGUGUUUAGAAAUAUUACAUUCUAUUGCUUCUUUUAUUCUUUCUAAUUUCUUUGGACUUCAGCAAGACACCCUCUCCAUUAAUCGAGAAACCCAUGUUAGGUAACUUAUUAAACUGUACUAUCUCCCUAUAUACAAAAUAAAUGUGACGCUGAUGCACAUUUACUUAUUGUGAAAUGAAGCUAUUUAGUCAAAAGUAUCAUUGGCUCAGCAGAGAGAACAAAUUGUGAAUGUUCUUCUGAAAGGUGCUAUACAAAUAAAGUUAUUAUUAUUAUUAAAAUAAGAAUCAGUCUGUCAGUUAUUACAAAAAAUGAAUUACCACCACACAAUGUGGAUUAAACUAGCUUUAAAAGAAAAGAAUAUUUUUUUUGAAUACAUAAGAAAUUAUUAAAGGUAAACUCUACCUUUAGAAUCAUUUAAGUUUAAUUGGUUUGAUUCUCACAUUUCAAGUGUAGCUUCAAAGUUAAGAAUUUAAAGUCCAUUUUAAUGCCGAACACUACAAUCGAUACUCUUGUAUAAGUAUAUAUAAUUGUAGUUUGGUGAGGAUAUAUAUUUAGGUGAAUGCUGAAAUACAGUUUUUUUUUCCAUCCCAUCAAAUUUUACCGCCGUGUCGCUUACAAGUUAUU